CAAAAAAACACUUAUCGCGGAAGGAUGCCCAGAUAAGGAGAACUGUGGUUCAAAAAUUGCAUCAACUUGAAUGCAACGGGUUCGACGUCUGGUCGUAUAUGAAAAAGGGCGAUGACAUCUUCGUUUAUCACUCGGCGAAUCACGCAGGGCCCCCAUCGUCCACUGAUUUGAUUGAUGAAAAGCCGAUGACUCUGGGAUGCAAUGCGAACAGUUUCGAAGCCUCAGAAAAGAAUGAUACCAGCGAAAUGUUCCAGAACAAAACCGAGGACUCGGUGGCGGGAAGUGCUAACAACAGUUUGCCUAGUUUACGAUGUGCAUCCUCCACCAUGAAAGAUUGCAUUCCGGUGAGUUUAAUUCACGAAAUGGGAACCGCGACUUGAUCUGAUAUAAUUAUUCACAGAAGAAGAUAAAGAUCGUUUUUAAGAAAAACAUCGAACGUGGCUAGUCUAGGCGCCAGACCUGUGGCUUCGUACCUACUUGGAAGCUCAUGUAUUUUAAGUUGUUAGCAUAAACCUACCUGAAAAGAAUAUUUUUG